AGAUUUGAAGUUUUCUGGUCUAGUGUUACAACAUUGCUAUUUUGUGAUUAUCCAUUUUAGUUCUUGGAAACUCAUUAUUUUGUGAAGACUCUUGACUUAGAGUAUAAUGUAUGGCAUAGUGAAUUUUAUGACCCCCCCACCGACACACACACACUCUCACUCUGUCUCUUUCUCUCUCUCUCUCACAGGAUGUUUGGUGAUUGUGUAAGGGAAUUAUCUGAAAUAGAGCUGAAAAGUAGGCCACCUAUUUAUACUUGUUCAUUUGGCCUGGAAACAAUUGUGAUACUCUUGGUUAGAACAAUGCUUAGGUAACCUAAAUGAUAGAUGCCAGUGUAAGUUAGAUAGCGCUGACUAAUACUUAAUGGGAGAAGUGCUUAAGCUAAACGAGGAGGUUUUCUGGUGUUACGUUGAUUGGAAAGUAUGGGAAUGAGUAGAGAAGUGACUUGCAAAUCUAGAGGACACUGAAUGGGGUUUGGACAGUGACAGUUUCAGUGAAAGCUUAAUGAGUCAGGCUUCAUUCCAGCGCUCCAAUAGUCAUGACAAAGUAAGGAGAAUAGUUGCAGAGGAGGGUCGUACAGCAAGAAACCUAAUAGCUUGGAGUGUUCCACUAGAAAGCAAAGAUGAUGAUGGAAAACCUAAAUAUCAAACUGGUGGAAAAUCUAAGAGGACAAUUCAAGGCACUCAUAAAACUACUAAACAGAGUACUGCAGUGGACUGUAAAAUAACAUCAUCUACGACUGGAGAUAAACACUUUGAUAAAAGUCCCACUAAAACAAGGCAUCCUCGGAAGAUUGAUCUGAGAGCUCGAUACUGGGCAUUUCUUUUUGACAAUCUUCGCCGAGCAGUAGAUGAAAUCUAUGUAACUUGCGAAUCAGAUCAGAGUGUGGUCGAAUGUAAGGAGGUGCUAAUGAUGCUGGAUAACUAUGUAAGAGAUUUCAAAGCAUUGAUUGACUGGAUUCAGCUUCAGGAAAAGCUAGAGAAGACAGAUGCUCAAAGCAGACCAACAUCAUUGGCAUGGGAAGUAAAGAAGAUGUCUCCGGGACGCCAUGUGAUUCCAAGUCCAUCAACAGAUAGAAUAAAUGUAACAUCAAAUGCUCGACGAAGCUUAAAUUUUGGAGGUUCAACUGGCACAGUGCCAGCUCCUCGUCUGGCUCCCACAGGUGUCAGUUGGGCUGACAAGGUAAAGGCUCAUCAUACAGGCUCUACUGCUUCUUCAGACAUAACACCCGCCCAGUCUUGCCCACCAAUGACAGUGCAGAAGGCCUCACGCAAAAAUGAACGGAAAGAUGCUGAAGGAUGGGAGACUGUUCAGAGAGGAAGGCCUAUUCGUUCUCGAUCAAUAGCAGUGUUGCCAAAAGUUUCAUUGGCAACAGAAGCUGCAAGAUCAAAGGAUGAUAGUGAUAAAGAAAAUGUAUGUCUUUUACCUGAUGAAAGCAUACAGAAAGGUGAAUUUGUUGGAGAUGGAUCUUCUAAUACUAUAGAAUCUCAUCCCAAAGACUCAUUACACUCUUGUGACCAUCCUCUUGCCGAAAAAACCCAGUUCACAGUGAGUACGUUGGAAGAUGUGAAGAAUUCUGGCAGUAUUCAAGACAAUUAUGUUCGAACUUCUGAAGUACCUGCUGUCCACAUUGAUACAGAGUGUGUUUCAGUUAUGCUGCAAGCUGGUACACCUCCUUUACAAGUAAAUGAAGAAAAAUUUCCAGCAGAGAAAGCAAGGAUAGAAAAUGAAAUGGACCCUUCAGAUAUUUCAAAUGUGAGUGCUGCUAACUUGUCCAUGGCAGAAGUCCUUGCUAAAAAAGAAGAGCUAGCAGAUCGUCUAGAAAAGGCCAAUGAAGAAGCCAUUGCUAGUGCUAUUGCUGAAGAAGAACAGUUAACUAGAGAAAUUGAAGCUGAAGAAAACAAUGAUAUUAACAUUGAAACUGACAACGACAGUGAUUUUUCUGCCAGCAUGGGCAGUGGGAGUGUAUCUUUCUGUGGUAUGUCCAUGGACUGGAACGAUGUCCUUGCAGACUAUGAAGCUCGUGAGUCUUGGCGCCAAAAUACAUCCUGGGGGGACAUUGUAGAAGAAGAACCUGCUAGACCUCCAGGGCAUGGAAUUCACAUGCAUGAAAAACUUUCUUCACCCUCUCGUAAAAGAACAAUUGCAGAAUCUAAGAAGAAACAUGAAGAAAAACAAAUGAAAGCACAGCAGCUAAGGGAAAAGUUACGUGAAGAGAAAACAUUAAAGCUUCAGAAAUUGUUAGAAAGGGAGAAGGAUGUCCGGAAGUGGAAGGAAGAAUUACUAGAUCAACGACGCAGGAUGAUGGAAGAAAAAUUACUUCAUGCUGAGUUUAAGCGAGAAGUGCAAUUACAAGCAAUUGUGAAAAAAGCACAAGAAGAAGAAGCUAAGGUAAAUGAAAUUGCCUUUAUAAAUACCCUUGAAGCCCAGAAUAAACGUCAUGAUGUUUUAUCAAAAUUGAAGGAAUAUGAACAGAGGCUUAAUGAGCUACAGGAAGAGCGUCAGAGAAGACAGGAAGAAAAGCAAGCACGUGAUGAAGCUGUGCAGGAACGCAAGAGAGCUCUAGAGGCAGAACGGCAGGCCCGUGUAGAAGAAUUGUUAAUGAAGAGGAAAGAACAAGAAGCCCGAAUUGAACAACAGAGGCAAGAAAAGGAAAAAGCCCGUGAGGAUGCAGCCCGGGAAAGAGCUAGAGACAGGGAAGAACGAUUGGCAGCACUCACAGCUGCUCAACAAGAAGCUAUGGAAGAGUUACAGAAAAAAAUUCAGCUCAAGCAUGAUGAAAGUAUUCGAAGGCACAUGGAACAGAUUGAACAAAGAAAAGAAAAAGCUGCUGAACUAAGCAGUGGGCGACAUGCAAAUACUGAUUAUGCCCCCAAACUGACCCCUUAUGAAAGAAAGAAGCAGUGUUCUCUCUGCAAUGUGCUGAUCUCUUCGGAGGUUUAUCUUUUUAGCCAUGUUAAAGGGAGAAAACACCAGCAAGCUGUGAGAGAGAAUAGCAGCAUCCAGGGGCGUGAACUUUCAGAUGAAGAAGUGGAGCAUCUUUCCUUGAAGAAGUAUAUUAUUGACAUUGUGAUUGAAAGUACAGCUCCAGCAGAGACUUUGAAAGAUGGAGAAGAGCGGCAAAAAAAUAAAAAAAAAGCCAAAAAGAUAAAAGCCCGGAUGAACUUCAGGGCUAAGGAAUAUGAGAGUUUAAUGGAAACCAAAAAUUCUGGAUCUGAUUCACCUUAUAAAGCAAAGCUUCAGCGAUUAGCCAAAGAUCUUCUAAAACAACUGCAAGUACAAGACAGUGGCUCAUGGGCGAACAAUAAAGUGUCUGCUUUGGAUCGGACCCUAGGAGAGAUCACUAGAAUACUGGAAAAAGAGAAUGUGGCAGAUCAGAUUGCAUUUCAAGCUGCUGGUGGAUUAACAGCCCUUGAACACAUCCUUCAAGUAGUAGUCCCAGCCACAAAUGUGAACACAGUUUUAAGAAUUCCUCCUAAGUCUCUCUGCAAUGCAAUCAAUGUUUACAACCUCACCUGCAAUAACUGUUCAGAAAACUGCACUGAUGUUCUGUUUAGUAACAAGAUUACCUUCUUAAUGGACCUCCUGAUACACCAGUUGACGGUUUAUGUUCCAGAUGAAAAUAAUACUAUUUUGGGAAGAAAUACAAAUAAACAAGUUUUUGAAGGCUUGACAACGGGACUUCUCAAAGUCAGUGCUGUGGUUUUGGGCUGCCUGAUUGCCAGUCGACCAGAUGGAAACUGCCAGCCAGCUACCCCCAAAAUACCAACACAAGAAAUGAAAAACAAACCCUCACAAGGUGAUGCUUUUAACAAUCGAGUUCAGGACCUUAUCAGCUACGUGGUGAACAUGGGUCUGAUUGACAAACUGUGUGCCUGCUUCCUCUCGGUGCAAGGCCCAGUGGAUGAGAAUCCCAAGAUGGCCACAUUUCUGCAGCAUGCCACAGGACUCUUACAUGCAAUGUGCACAUUGUGCUUUGCUGUCACUGGAAGGGAUUCCAGAACAAAGCCAAAAUCCAAGAAGCUAAGAGAACAAUCUAGAAGAUCACCUGCACUGAAGAUUAGAGUGAAUGUUACCAAGCUGGAAAUCUGGGGACCAUGGAAAUGAGGGCAAACAAACAGAAGAAAAGGGAUUAUAGAGUCUGGAACUGUCACAGCUGCUUUUUUAGGCCAACUAAGGCCCGGUAUAUAAGUGGUUUAUGAAGAUGGAAUGGACAGCACUUCAUGCCCACACAAAUCAUGCUGUUUUUGCCCAGCUGUACUCUCCUUUAAGGUAAAGUAGGGUUUUCAGGCAUUGUGCAGUAUUAAUGAAAAACUAACUUUACUUUUCCCUAAUUGAAUCUAGCUUUUGAUGAACAGAAAUGAAUGUCUCACUAAGAUCUCUAGUCCUGAAGACCUAACAAAAACACCUUAAAAUCUGGUAAAAUUACAAAGAUCUCAGAAUGUACUAUGCAAAAUUUCAGAUCUUAUUUUUCACAUCUUCUAUGUAUUUGUUAAAGAAAACUUGGUGAUCCAUGCCUGAUAUGAAUAAGGCCUUUUACUUUUUUCUUAUAAACAUUUAGGCUUAAAGUGAUUAUAACUGACAGUUAAGACCAACAGAAGCCAGUGGCCUGCUCAUGGACAAAUUAUCUGUACUUCAACCUAAAUCAAAAGUAAACAUUCUCUACGGUCCCUUCAGGUCUACAUUAGUCCUGUGGAAGCCAAAUGGGACAGUCAAACCCUCCCCUUGCCCCCAUAUAUCCUGUGGACUCUUCAACAUGAAUGGUCUUUUCCAUGAAGCACUAUUUUAUGCGUUUUGAACCAUUUCCACAUCUAAGUUCUUAAAUACUUAUUUAACAGAUUUUCCUCAAUUACCAUUUUUAUUUCAUUAGGAUAAUAUCUGCAAAAGACUGGGCUGUAUUGCUUUAUAAUCUAUCAGAUUAGUGUUUUCCUAAAUAAUGGUGCAGGAGAGAAUAUGUUCUGAUAACCUUCACUUUUUUUUUUUUUCUUAAGAUUUUUUUGUAUGUAUUCUUUGGAAGAGGAAAUAGCAGUGAAUUCUUGUCACUUAAUAAAUGCUCAGAAAGACUAAGUAUUAUAAAAUGUUUUAAAUGACAAAGCUAUAUUCCUGAAUAUCUGUAUUAGAAUAUACUGAUAAUCAGUUUAAAAGCAACACAAGAGUAAAGGGGAAGUCACCAUUCUGAAUCACAGAGCAGUAAAACUGUUGUCACCAGCAAUGAUGUCACUCAUCCUCAAGGUUCUGAAAGCCUAUUAGAAAUCAGCUUUAGGGAGAAAUAUCUUCUGACUUGUCACUGGUUCUAAAAGGCAAUCAGUGUUAAACAAACACAGGCCCCUUUUUGGAACCAAUAUAAUAAACUCAGACACAUUAAUCUCUACUCACGUCUCUAGUCAGGGUCUGACCCCUAACUCUUUCGGCUUUAAUGGAAGGAAGUAAGGGUCAGCUGACAUUAGCUAACAGAAGUUUGUGUAACAGUUCAGAUAUACAUAUAAGCAAAUAAAUAUCAUUUCUUAAACUUUUUAUUGAGUGCUGUGAGACAGAAAUAUCUCCCCUCGACAAUACAAGAUUGCGUUAUAGUCUCUGUAUAUCUUAACAGUAUUUACUUAAUCACAAAAUUUGACUUAAAAGAAGGCAUCGAGAGGAAAGAGGAGGUCAGCCUCUGUUUGACCUGGAUGUUUUGGUCCAUGAAUAAAGCACUGACCCUAAACAGUCAAAAGCCCUGGGUGAUAUUCCUGCUUUUGCCACUAAAAAUUUGUAUGACCUAAAACACUUCACCUUAUUUCUCUAGGUCUCACUUGCCUCAUGUGUACAAUGAGAGGACGAAUAACUUCUCUACCAACUAUGAAAACCCAGUAAGAAUGAGAUAAGGUGACACAUAUGAAUGUACUUGGCAGAUCCUGCCAUAUAAAUGAGAUGACAGUAUUUCAUAAAGAGCUUCUUUCUUGAGUAGAGAACAAUGUAUACGAAGAUGUCAUGCCACUUGGCUGUAUUCUUAGAAAUAUUAGAAAUAGUGCACAUUCAAGAAAUAAAUGUGUACCGUGGUUACGAAUACAACUGCUUUGAUGCAACUAGUAAAAUGAAUAAAAUGAUCCCUUUGGAAAAACUAAGUUAUGAAUUGAGAAAACUAAACAAGAUACUAGAAAUUUACCAGUCAGCACCUCUCAAUUCUUGUUUAAUUAGUGACACCUCUUGAGUGCUUCUGGGAAAGAUGAUGAAGUAAGCAUAGUUCUUCAAGGACUACCUCCCAUCCAGCUGAAAGGAAUGACAAAUGACAACCUAUAUAUAUGUGUAUAUAUGUAUAUGUGUGUAUAUAUACACACACAUACACACACACACACCCCUGUACAUACACUAACCCAGAUUUUUAACACUAACUCAUAGUGUUAAAAAGUAGGGGAAGGUAGUAUGCCAUGCCAGAAACAUAAAAGCACUCCUGCUCAGUGUUGUGUAGAUCGUGCCACAUUAAAGGAAGACAUUGAGUAGAACCUUGUAACUUGCCUUCCUGAGAAAAAUCAGUGUCAUGAAGAAAGAGCACUAAGAGACCUGCGGUUUUGUGCAGUGGUUACAAGUGGCUAUAGCAACUCCAGACCUUACAUCUCAGAUUCAAACCCAGUAGAGGAAAAAGUGAUGACUUCUUCCCAAGCGUCUCAGCAAAAGUAUCUCCCUCUAUCCCAUUAGCUCUGAUUGUGGCAUGUGCCAUCCCUGAGUAAUGCUUAACAGCCAGAGAAAUGUGUGGCUUAACCAUAGGCCUGGAUACCCUUGAGCCAGAGUAAAUAGGGAGGGAAAUUUAUGUGAAGCAUAUUGGCUAUGAGUUAAGGAGAGGUGAUUCCUUAGAAAUCUUUGUACAGUUUUUGUUUAAAAGGGUGAAUGCUUGGCAGCCAUGUUUACUAUAACUGCCUGCUCUUAGUCACUAGAUGCUUCACAUAUACCUUAGUUCAGAAUUGCUUGACUAGCUCAGUUGGUAGAGCGUGGGACUCUUAAUCCCAGAGUCAGUGGGUUCAACCCUCACAUUGAGUGGUUCUACUUUUUUUUUUUAACACCUGCGAAAAGAAGGGAAAUU